AUGAUUUAAUGCAUUUAUAGCUUGUAUGUGAGCAUAAAAAUCAAAUUAUUUCAAAGUGUUUUUUAUAUUAAUAUUGAGUUUAUAUCUUGAAUUUGUGCUAAUAAGCCUUGAGUCGUGUUGAGAGUUGAUUCAAAAUGAUUCGGAUUAUCAUCGCGUGCGCAGUCUUGUCGGUUGCUGCGGCAGCCGUCCUCCCUGAGGAUUCUCAAGCUCAAAUAGUGGAUUAUAUUAACGAAAAUGACGGAUCUGGUAACUAUAACUUCAGAUUCAAGACAUCCAAUGGCUUGAUUCGUGAAGAAAGUGGUAAUGUGGUGAACCCGGGACAAGAAGACCAAUACAUAGACGUUCAUGGAUCGUACAGUUACACAGAUACCAAUGGACAAGUCGUCAACGUCAGAUAUAGUGCAGACAAAGACGGUUACCACAUUAACGAAGAAAAAGUGACGUCGCAGUUUCAAGAUUUUGGUGCACCAAUUCCACCAGGACUCCCGGCUGCUGCAGUAGCGUCAUUGCUAGGAUAAAAAAUAUUAAGAAGCUUCGAAUAUAUUUAAAUGAUAAAUAGGA